UAUAUCCCAUAUUGCAGCAUGUGCGUCAACCUUCGUCACCGUAAUUAAUGCAUUUGAUGCACUUCCUCUCAUAAGGUAGUGGAAAUGAUUAUUGCCUCACCCUUAAUGAAUGACAUAAUGGGCAUAAAGAGAGAGGGAGAGAGAGAGAGGGAGAGGGAGAGACGAGUGAGUGAGUCUGUCUGUUGCACAACCAGUUUGGAGUUUUCCGCUGCGCCGUGGGACAUAACUUCAAGGUGACGGGUGCCCUGCGACGAGUCGGGGCGAGCCCUGCAGACUCUGUGAUGAAAUUCAAAAUGCGUAAAAAAGACACUUUACUUUGACAUCGAGGCGGCACGUGGCGCGGGGACCACCAUAAAUACGGUGUGGACUUACUUACUUCCAAUCGUUCCGCAUGCUCUGCACAUGAGGAGUUCAAGGGUUGCUGAUGCCAACAAGUUCUUUACUCCAUCCGCAGCCAAUCGUCAUGUUGGAUACAUUUGCGAUGCAGAGCGCCGGCGUGGCGGUCUCCAGCGCGGACCUCCAGCUGAAACUGACGGACAACAAGAGCAGCCUGGCCGCAGCAGGGAUGGGGAUGGAGAAAGACACAGGGAAGAAACUCAUAGAGAUAACUGGUCCGGCUUUAUCCAAAAGAAAACUUCUGGUCGGCUUAGACCUCCUCUGCCUCUGCAUGGCUUCCAUCCCUUUCUUUGCAUGUGAGCUGAAGGCAGUGAGUCCCUACAUUAGGGGCUUCAUGUGCGGGGACCCCAGCAUCACCUAUCCUUAUCUGCAUCGAGAGGCCAUACCAGAUGAAUUACUCAUCGCCGGUGGCAUCAUCAUCACGGGCCUCACUAUCGCCCUCGGGGAGAGUUACCGAGUUCGCUUCCGAGGCGUCAACUCCAAGGCCUUUGUGAGGAACCUGUAUGUGUCCUGUCUGUACAAGGAGCUGGGCUGCUUCCUGUUUGGCUGUUGUGUUGGCCAAUCACUGACCAACAUGGCCAAGCUGAGUGUCGGGCGGCUGCGACCGCACUUCCUGUCUGUGUGCGGUGUCACCUAUGCGUCGCUUAACUGCACACCUGGAACCUACGUCGCUACAGUGACCUGCCACCAGCCCGACCACCGGUUGGAAGAGGAGGCCAGGAAGUCCUUCUUCUCUGGUCACGCUUCCUUUGCGAUGUACACAUUGCUCUAUUUAGCAUUUUACCUUCAGGCGCGGUUGACCUGGCGUGGAGCACGGCUGCUGAGGCCGUCUCUGCAGUUCUUCCUGGUUCUGCUGGCAUUCUACACGGGUCUGACCCGCAUCUCAGACUACAGGCACCACUCGUCCGACGUACUAACAGGCUUCAUACAGGGAGCUCUCACUGCUUACUGGGUGGCCUUUCACAUCUCGUCCAUGUUUAAAAGCUCGAGUACAGAUCUGUCCCCGACUGAGACCCCGGACAGCCCCUUGUCGCCGCACCACACUGUCUGCUAAACCUCACCUCCACCAACCCCUUUGUGGUCCAACACCCACCUGCGGCCUGUAGCUUACCUUGGAUAGACCAGAAAUUUGAAGAAUGUGAGACCAUUUCCUGUGAAGUCAAACCACAUACCUCAUAUGGACAGUGUGUGUGAGGGAGAAAGAGAGAGAGAGUAGAGCUCUUGACAUACAGUAUGUGGCUCAAAAGACAAACCGUGUGAACUGGGAGAAAGGAAGAGGGAAGGGUGCUGGAGCCUGUCCUGUUGUCCAUGUGACUGACCUUAGCUUCACAUGCGAUACUUACCUGUGAGAUGAGACGGCAGCAACCACUACCACUCUAUACGUUACCUGUAAAUAUAUACAGAUUUGUACAUUUCAAAUGAUACUGUAAAAGCACUUUUUGAUUUCCAUGUUAGUAUUAUUAAUUAACACUUUGUAAUAAUUUGUUACGUAGGAUGUAAUAUAUUUUAUACAAACAUGUCAUAUAAGUUGUAAUGUAGCGUUUUUUUUGUUUAGUUUUUUACAUAAACCCAGUGAAUGUAAUGAAUGGUGUUCAAGUAGCGAGAAAGCAACUCAUUUUCCGAAUGUGUUGUAUCAUCCAGGAUGUGACUGUCCUUCUGUUUGCAUCCAAGGAUGUCUACACAAUAGAUAUAAUCAUGUUUAGCUAUCUAUCAAACUUUUAUAUAAUGCUAGACUAUGUUGCAAGACCACUCCAAGAGCACACAGAUCAUUAACAUUAAAUCCUUUUUUUUUUUUUUAAAUAAUCAUUGUCUCUUUAAAGCUACUAAAAGGAAUGUAUAUUUUGUGUCCCUGUGGACAAAGGGUUUUUGAGUACCAGAGUCCAUUUAGCCAUGUCCUGGCCCUUCCCUUCAGCAGUACGGUCUGCGUCUCCAGCUGUAUGGUGUGUUGGCUCCCAGCACUGGCAGAGCAGUAAGGCGAUGCUCUGCUCCUGGCCGGCGGAGGAGACUCUGUUGCUAGGCGCUAAGCUGUCCUCCUCUGACAGCCGGAUGUAGUCCGUGGGUGUAAGACUGCCAAAGACUGCAUAUUUCAUAUCCUCGGCUUCAAUAGUGAACGGUUUAAUGAAAUACAAAAAAGCCAGAGCGUUAGCAUUAUCAUACUGGUGUAGGAGUACAGCCGGACAAUAAUUCUUAGUUCUGACAACGCAAGACGAAUGAUUGCAUAAUCUUUUUAAAAGAUGAUGACUCCAUUCUAAAGUUAAUUUAUUCGCGUUCUGGAGCCAUUUUUGGACAAAGCAAGACACUUCUAAAACAACAGUAACAUAUUAUCACUAAUAUUACUAUUAAAUUACUAAAGCAAAGAUGUUGGCCUAUUUGUGAAUGAGUAGACACAUCAUGUAUUGUGUCUAUACAGUGUUUCUGGCCAUCUGACAAAUAUAAGUCAUACUAUUAAUUAUAUUCUUUAAGCUCUGCUUUUGGUCUCCACCAUCCACCAUUUUGUGGUCAACAAAAGUAGAGUCCACACAACUGCAAAUCCACUACGUAUAAUUUAAUCAAUGUAGUAAAUGCUUGUACUGUGAUGCAUGUUCUACCUUGCCUACAAUAUGAUUCUUGUACCAGUUAUUUAAGGCUGAUAAAAGUCGUUUAACUGGAGCUUCAACUCAUCUCAAAAGAAAUACCCUUUUUCUCCGUCAGCAUUGGUGGACGACGUACUCAUCAAGCAACACCACCAUUUAAAUAUAUUGUGUCUUGCAUUCAAAAUUGUACUUAAAUAUGUCUGCCUGAGUAUCAAAAGUAAAAGUACUAAUUGAGCAGACCCCCGUCAGAGUUUCAUAUUAUAGACAGCAUUAUUGGUUUAUUAGUACUGAUGCAUAAGAAGCAUUUCAGAGUCAGAGUCAAUUUAAGACACUUUAUAAACUGAUGGGUUGUUUUAAUCUGUAACAAUGCUUCAUAUUAAAAUCAUCAUAUUUUGUGUA